ACCAGCCAAUCAGAUGGCACAUAUAGACAAACAAGCAUUCACAUUCGCACCUAUGGACAAUUUAGAGUCUUUAUCAAUUAAUCAUUUUGAAAUUAGAAGUCAGUUCAGCUAUUGUUGAAUUAAUUUUAAAAGGAGAUUUCAUUACCAAAAAUGUGACAAUUUGCUAUUUUGGCACAGAUUUUUGCAUGAAACGAGGAAGUUGACGCACAUGAUUUACUUUUGGGGGCCACAUAAAAUGAUGUGGGGGGCCGGAUCUGGUCCCCUCUGCUUGAGUUUGGAACUUGUGUGCUAACUACUAGGCCAAAAAUUCAAUUAAUUGUACACUGUCGCAAAUAACAUUUUAACAUUAUUAUUAAUUGUUCAUUCCCGAAACACGCUUUAAACACUCUGCUAACUUUUAAUAACAUCUGAGGACCUGUAAUAAAUGUCCCAAAUCUAAUUUUGUUUCCAAUAACUGUCAAACAAGGGUAACAUUAAAACCAUUAAUGUAAUGUAAAAUGACAUCAUGACACUGAAAGUGGACCAAUGUACUUAUUGAUUAUUGUAAUUUAUUUCACAUUAACUCCCCCGGGUGGCACGGUGACCGACUGGUUAGAGCGUCUGCCUCACAGUUCUGAGGACAGUUCAAUCCCCGGCCCCGCCUGUUUGGAGUUUGCAUGUUCUCCCCGUGCCUGCGUGGGUUUUCUCCGGGUACUCCGGUUUCCUCCCACAUCCCAAAAACAUAUAUGGUAGGUUAAUUGAGGUCUCUAAAUUGCCCCUAGGUGUGAAUGUGAGUGCGAAUGGUUGUUUGUUUAUGUGUGCCCUGCAAUUGACUGGCAACCAGUUCAGGGUGUAUCCCGCCUCUUGCCCGAAGAUAGCUGGGAUAGGCUCCAGCACUCCCGCGACCCUUGUGAGGAUAAGCGGCUUGGAAAAUGGAUGGAUGGACAUUAACUCCCUGUGGAUAUUCUUCUCUUCUCACAUUCUUCUUUCAACUGGAUCAUCAAGACGUCAGACUUUGAAGCCUGCCGAAGUGUUUGAAUUUGAAGGCAACGUCUACAGUCACCACUUGUCGCCGAUCGCCAGGAAGCACAGUCUCAUCGCAGUUGGCACCAACAAUCCUAAAAUACAGCUGUGUGACCUGAAGUCCGGUUCAAAGAUCCACGUUCUGCAGGGUCACAGAGCUGAGGUCCUGUCUGUGCGAUGGUCACCCAGAUAUGAACAUAUCCUAGCCACUGCCAGUGCUGACAGCAAAGUGAGAGUGUGGGAUGUGCGUCGGGCAUCAAGUUGCCUCUUUACGCUGGACCAGCACAACGGAGACAAGUCGAAAGCCGCUUCUGAGGCAGUGAACACAGCCCACAAUGGCAGAGUGAAUGGCCUGUGCUUCACAAGUGACGGCCUGUACCUCCUCACGUCUGGGACCGAUGAUCGCAUGCGAUUGUGGAACAGUGCCACAGGGGAAAACACCCUGGUGAACUACGGGAAGAUAAGCAACAAGAGCCGCAAGAGGCGUCAGUUCACAGUCUCGCAGGGGUGCAGUCCGGAGUAUGUGUUUGUGCCGUGCGGCAGCUCGGUGGCCGUGUACGGCCUCCACACAGGCGACCUGGUCACAAUGCUGCGGGGUCACUACAACCACGUGGACUGCUGCGAAUUCCAUCCCGACCACCAGGAGUUGUACAGCGCAGGUAAAGAUGGUAACAUCCUGGCAUGGGUUCCGGUCCUGCGUUACCCAGAUGUGGAGGAAGAUUCCAAUCCGAAUGCAGCGGUCAAGUCGUCAGUGAUCCUCACCUUUCAGGAUGCAUGGAGCAGUGAUGAAGACUAAUGAUGCGUCCAGGUUUCACCAAUGGCCUAUACAUUAUUAUUUUGAAUACAGUGCUAGCAAAUUGGCAGAUUCAAAGACUGCAGAAAAACCUUUUGUGAAGGAAUAAUCCUGACAUCAUGGCAUAUUUAGGGAUAAGGAUUGAUUGAUUUGACAUUUUAUGUGUUUUGACAAUGAAAGGACUGGUACGCUUGUGUGAACUGUCAAAUCUUUUAUUGUGUUUUCAUUAUGCCUUUUUCUGCCACCACCCAUAAAUCCAUGGAUGGGAGUGACCUUGCAUUGUAAAGUGUUUGUCUUUUGUCAUUCCUGGUGUAAAUUUGCAUCUGUGUUUAUGUUGGAGGCCCUGAUGCUGAAAUUUAUGGCAGGACAAGAGUGAUACCAAGCGAUGCUUCUCUCUCACGCCCUUUUGACACAUUAGCCUUUGUAAAAGUCUUGAUGGGUUUUUUUUUUAUUAAACUGGCCUUUUUGUGCAUUU